AUGAAUAUUGAAUUAUGAUUACAGAUAGUAUGGAGUUGAGGAGUCUUGGUUUGUGUUCAGGGGGACUACUAGGAGUAACCAGUUUUGUUGCAUCUAGUCAUCCUGCUGACAGCUGUGGUCUUAAUGGUCUUCCUCUCACACCUAACAGUGUAUCCAUGCAUGGUAACGGACAGAUACUAAAGUUAGUGAACCAUCCUAACCUAGCCAAAUACCUCGAUAUUGUCCGAGGUAAACGACAGAGGAUUGUUCUCGUCUCAGAGUUCUGGAAGAACAAUAUUCGUCAAGAUUCAUCCGUUUUCUCUUCUCCAGACUCAACACUUAGAGUGUCAAAACAAAUCCUCUCCGGUCUAUCGUAUCUUAAUGAGAUGGAGAUAAUCAACCUGAACCUUACUCCAGAGAACAUAAUGUUGGACAGCGAGGGAACAGUUAAAGUAUUUGGUUACGGGUUGGGACGGAUCACAGAGUACGGGAAACUAGUAAAGUUUCCUAUUGGAGAUCCUAGAUUUACCGCCCCGGACGUUCUAAGACGCGGAAUGCAGACUGAGACAAUGAUUGAUCUCCAGGCUGAGAGAUCUAACCCCUGUGAAUACUCGAUCAAUAUCCCUGAAGCUGGUGAACCUCCUGAUCUCCCCCAGGUUGAUGUUUGGUCCCUAGGAAUGAUCCUGGUCGGAGAACUUCUUCAGAUUCAUCAGUUCUGGCCUCAGUCCAAGGUUGGCCAAGUACUCCGGAAGAUAAUAAGUCUAGGAGAAUGUGAGAACGGUUCAGCUGUUCUAGAAAAAAUUGCUCGAGAGCAUGGUUGUCCAGGACGAAUAAGCACACUAGACCCGAGUAUUCUCUCGCUCAUUCAGAAAUGUCUCACUCCUAAAUCCUCAGAUCGUCCUACUCCAAUAGAUCUACUUAACUCUAGUCUUUUCUCCGCCUACCCUGGAUUAAAACACUUCAGUAUCCCGACCUUCCCUGUCAUGGAACUGCGAAGCUUGGAACUCUCUCGUCCUGAUAUCAGUAGGUACGUUGAACCUCUUGAUUUCCUGACAGUUGAUGAGAUCUACUACCUGUGGCAGUUGGCUGGAGGAGAUGUGAUGGUGGAAUUACGGAAGCAUGGUCUCAUGAUUACUUCUCCGCCAGUAAUUUCAACGCCUACUCUGGUUACUGGUGAAGGGCAGGAGUUUGGAGCCCCCCGACAGCGUGCAGCUCUCUACGAUAAAACAAUAAUACCCCUGCCCCUGGACCAGCUGAUACAGUGUCUAUCAACCCUACAUAGAUCUGAACUGAUUCCAACCCUGCAGGAUAUCAAGGCAGCUGAACCUAACCAACUACCUCUAGUAAUCCGGGAGAGAGAUGUCAGGUUUCAGUGCAGAAGAGCUGUGGCAUACAGGCGUCUCCUUCAGGGAUAUCCUUUCAGAAAAAGUGUGAUUGAAGAGGAGAGCUACCAUGAUAUAGUUCCCCUGUACCGAGCACAAAUAUGGGCUGGACUCCUUGGACUAAACUACGAUACUGCUGCUCUAUACAACAGUAUAGACAAGGUGACCUGGAACCCAGUUGACCGACAGAUAGAGGUCGAUAUACCCCGCUGUCACCAGUACAAUGAACUCCUUGCUUCGGAGGAGGGGCAUAGGAAGCUGAAGCGUAUACUAAAGGCCUGGGUAGUUGCAAACCCAAAUCUUGUUUACUGGCAGGGAUUAGAUUCAUUAGCUGCUCCUUUUCUUCUUCUUAAUUUUAACUGUGAAGCAACGGCCUGGGCCUGCUUAUCUGCAUUUAUUCCUAAGUAUUUAUACAAUAUGUUCCAGAAAGAUAAUGCUGCCGUUAUUCAAGAAUAUUUAACAAAAUUUUCCCAUUUACAAGCUUUCUAUGAUCCGGUACUGUUCAAUCAUCUUGACGAGAUCGGAUUUAUCCCUGAUCUCUACGCAAUACCCUGGGUUCUAACCAUGUUCAGUCAUGUGUUCCCCCUGCAUAAAAUAUUUCAUCUGUGGGAUACCCUUUUGCUAGGAAACUCCAGUUAUCCACUGUGUGUAGGGAUGGCGAUCCUUCUCCAACUUCGAACCCAGCUCAUGGAAUCACAGUUUAACGAGUGUAUACUUCUCUUCAGUGAAAUGCCCUCUGUAGAUAUUGACAGUGUAGUCUCCAAUAGUAAAGUUAUCUUUAAGUCUAUACCUCCUAGUAUAACAUUCCGAGCCCAUGAUCAGGUUCGGGAGAAGGCUGAUGAUUAUCUUGAUCUUCAACCCCUUCCUGUCAGCGUCCUUAGGCAGGAGAAGAUUGGAAGAAUUAGUGCCAGGGACGUGAUUGAUCUUCUAGAUGUUCGUAAAGAGAAGUACAGUACACCAAAGAUUUUUAUCCUUGAUGUCCGGAGUAGAGAGGAGUUUAAGGUUGGUUCUCUACCCGGAGCUCAUAAUAUUCCGUCCCAUCUGUUCCUGGAGACUCAAUCUAUACCUGGAGAUCCUGCCCUGGACCUGGUUAAAUCCAAGGGUAGGAUUACAGCAGUGCUGGGACGAGACGGAGGAGAUGAGAUGGUUAAGGUUGCGGAGCUCCUUCUCUCUCAUCAGUUCUCCAGGGUAGUGACUGUACACGGUGGAGUAGAAGUAUUUAGAAAAGCAGAUAUCCUUGUACUCCCAAACCUGCCAUAAGCUGAAGCAAACAAAGGUCGGAAAUUUGUGCAUCGCUAAUCUUGAAUUUUUUUAUCUCGAUAUCUAAUGUGGACACUUUUAAUUUGAGGAUAAAUGCUUAGUCCCUUAAUUAAAGUUAACCCUGACCAUCACGAGAUAGAGAUAUUGAAAAGGAAUUAGAUUAACUAUUCUCACUUCCGAGAUUCACACUUCAGAUUGUUCAACUCAAGCUUAAACACAAACUAAAUUUUAUUUUUUUUUUAAUCAUAUUUAUUCUUUGAAAUAAAGGAAUACUGAAGGCGGAGUUGGGGGGGNGGGGGGGGAUAUAUGGAAAAUAAUUUAGCGACACCCAAAAAGCGGGGAAAUACAUUGAAAAAUUAAUAUAAAGGAUUUAGUAAAGAACUAAUACGUUUCUGAAAAUUUCAGUAUCUUAGAUUUAAGUUCAGACAUAAAUUACAAAGUUUAACGCGGUAAUUUCAUAAAAAAAAAAUUUUAAAAUCAUUUCUGGUUUUUAUUGUUAAUUUCCGUCGAUAUUGGAGAAAUAGGCGUUAAGAAUUGGGAAAGGAAAACAAAGAAGAAAAACAUACAAAAAGUUUUAUUUUACCUGUUGUGUAUGGUUUUGCCAUAGGCUUGUAUUGUAGCAUUUACCAUCUAUCUGUGAUAAUAUUCUAAUUAUUUAAUCUACGCUUGUAGUCUUUUAUUGUUUGUCAUCAUAAUUAUGAAUAAAAUGAUUAAAAUUUUA